AUGAUGGCAUAUCGACCUCUGAAUGUGGAUGAGGUGGGUAGUGUGGCUGGUCUGGAUGAUGAAGAGGUGGUUAUUAGAGCGUUAGUCGAUCGAUGUGCCUCAUUUAUCAAGAUUCAAAGCACCAACAUCGAGUUUGUUCACCAAUCCGCUCGAGACUACUUGGCUGGGGAAAAUGGGCAAUCUAUGCUUGAUCUGCACGAAAACUAUGGGCAUGAUGAAAUUGCACUGAGUUGUCUUUCCCAUUUAUCUAAACGGCUGAAGGUCAAUCUCGUUGAAUUGCUGCGACCCGACUCAACCAGGGAAUCUUUGAAAACGUUGCAGGACAAGGAAAAAAGUGCAUUACUGAAUAGUGUGGACUACGCAGCUACCUUCUGGGUGCAACAUCUCGAGAGCACCAAGCGAACUGCGGUAGUGCAAAAUGCACUUGCUGAGCGAGGGUCAAUCAGUACAUUCCUCCGCACUAGGGUGUUAGAAUGGCUGGAAUGCCUCAGUCUGUUAGACGAGUUACCACGCGCUUUCCUGGCCUUAAGAGCCCUAACAACUAUAGCAAAGGAUAAGCCAUUUGUAUCAAUACUUGUGCAGGAUGCUACACAGUUUCUGUUGCAACACUAUGACACACUCACAAAUUGGCCAUUACAGACUUACAGCUCUGCCCUCACUUUCAGUCCUGAGACAAGUGUAGUGAGGAGAGAAAAUCUGGGAAAAAUUCCUGCAUGGCUAAGAAAGAUCCCACACAUGGAGGACUCUUGGCCGUCUCUAAUCCAGAUAUCUGGCUACUCAGGUUAUGUUAAGGCUGUGGCCUUCUCACCAGACAGCAAGCAGAUUGCAUCUGGAUCUAAUGAUGCCACCAUCAAGUUAUGGGACGCUACAACAGGCGAGCUUCAGAAUACACUGACUGGCCACUCAGACUGGGUUAACGCUGUGGCCUUCUCACCAGACGGCAAGCAGAUUGCAUCUGGAUCUGAUGAUCGGACCAUCAAGCUAUGGGAUGCUACAACAGGCGAACUUCAGAAUACACUGACUGGCCACUUAGAGUCUGUUAAGGCUGUGGCCUUCUCACCAGAUGGCAAGCAGAUUGCAUCUGGAUCUGAUGAUCGGACCAUCAAGCUAUGGGAUGCUACAACAGGCGAGCUUCAGAACGUACUGGUUGGCGACUUACAGGUUGUUAACGCUGUGGCCUUCUCACCAGACAGCAAGCAGAUUGCAUCUGGAUCUGAUGAUCGGACCAUCAAGCUCUGGGAUGCUACAACAGGCGAGCUUCAGAAUACACUGACUGGCCACUCAGGCUGGGUUAAGGCUGUGGCCUUCUCACCAGACAGCAAGCAGAUUGCAUCUGGAUCUGGUGAUCGGACCAUCAAGCUAUGGGAUGCUACAACAGGCGAGCUUCAGAACACACUGACUGGCCACUCAGGCUGGGUUAAUGUUGUGACCUUCUCACCAGACGGCAAGCAGAUUGCAUCUGGAUCUAAUGAUGACACCGUCAAGCUAUGGGACGCUACAACAGGCGAGCUUCAGAAUACACUGACUGGCCACUUUUGCGGUGUCAUGUCUCUGGCCUUCUCACCAGACGGCAAGCAUAUUGCAUCUGGAUGUUAUUGGAACAUCAGGCUAUGGGAUACUACAACAGGCGACCUUCAGAACAAAUUGGUCGGCCACUCAGGCUAUGUUAACGCUGUGGCCUUCUCACCAGACGGCAAGCAGAUUGCAUCUGGAUCUGAUGAUCAGACCAUCAGGCUAUGGGAUGUUGCUAAGUCCCUGAAACUCUUCCAAUAUCUUGGGCGCACUAUCAGUCGUCUUUUCUCGUCCCAUUCAUGGCAUAAAAUCAAGACGUCAAAGCCGAUUAACACCUUGAAAUUUUCGGCAAGUUCUCGAUACCUUGCAACAAACAUUGGUCCGAUCAAUACCAAAAGCAUCCUCGCAGACAGACAAGGCACUGUGUUGGAGCCAUUUGAAGAUAUCUGGGUCACAGAGAAGUGGAUACACUGUGGAACGGCGCCCGUGCUUCGGCUACCGCCAGGUGUCCAGGCAUUGUGUUAUGACGUGCAAGGCACUCAAGUGGCUAUUGGAGCUACAAAUGGUCGAAUUUUGACCUUCGGCAUUGACUGUAGUAGCCUGUCGCUAUGA